AUGCCCGGACAGGUGCAGGAAAAGCCGCCGGCAGCGGGAGCUUCAGCAGCCGCGGCAAUUGACGACGAUGACGAGCCGGACGAGUGGGACAAGCGGAUAUUCAGCACGGGAUGCGCAGAUGAAAAUGCCAAAAUGACAGACUGCUACUACGAAAAGAAGGAUUGGAGAGCAUGUGCCAAAGAGGCAAAGGAAUGCAUACCACUUGACCAAGAUAAAAUCAUCACCAUGCUUCCCGCACGCAGAUCCUUCGCCGUCGCCUCACGGCAUCUCGCCCGCCUCCCCGCCAGACACAUCCAAGCCCCAGCAGCACGCCUCUAUGCCACAGACUCAGCAACAACGUCAACCACGUCAACGACGGACGACGCAUCCGCAACAACAACGCCCCCUCCCGCAAAACCAAGCGCCCCCGCCCCGAAAUACGCAAAGCCCGCCCCCAAGGCGACGCCCAAGCCCGCGAUAGCGGCCUCCGUGCCCACCAGCUACAGCGACGUCGUCUACCAGGCCAAGAGCAUCGCCUACGAGGACGCAAGGGAGGAUGAUGCGGCCGAUUCCCUGGUGGACACGGUCAGCGUGGACUGGACGAGGAGCUUCUACGGGAUAUCAGCCCGCCCGGUGACGGAGAAGCAGUUCAAAGUCCUGAUGCAGCCCCUGGACGAAAAGGACAUCGAGGUCAAGCCCGACGGCGUCGUCUAUCUGCCGGAGAUCAAGUACCGGAGGAGGCUGAACGAGGCCUUUGGGCCCAUGGGCUGGGGUCUGAUUCCCAAGGGCGAGGCUGUCGUUGGCGACACGAUUGUGACGCGGGAGUAUGCGCUCAUUGUGGAUGGCCGCUUUGUCUCGCAAGCCCAGGGCGAAAACUCGUACUUUUCAGCCGAUCAGCUGCCUUCCGCCGUGGAAGGAUGCAAGUCCAACGCCCUGAUGCGCUGCUGCAAGGACCUGGGCAUUGCCUCCGAGCUGUGGGAUCCUCACUUUAUCCGGUGGUUCAAGAAGAACCACAUGGAGGAGGUGUGGGUAGAGCACGUCACGACCAAGAAGAAGCGAUUGCAAUGGUACAGGAAAGGCGACGUGGAUGUGGCAUACCCUUACAAGAUCAGCAAAUAA